UGAAGCUAGUGAUUACAACGCAUUCAAUAGUGCCAAGAGAGAGAGAGGAAUAUAUUUCAUUUAAUUUUACGAAACAAAUAUGAACAAUCAAACAAUUUAUUUUUAUUGGAUUUCUUUAAUAUUUUCCAUUUUGUGUUUUCUUUCUAAAGGAGAAGUGCUUAAAAGACCUGUUGGAGUGAGACUUCCAUGUAGUAAUGGUAUCCUAGACCAGUUUGGUACCUGUUCAUGUCUCCCAUGUUGGACAGGAGACAAUUGUGACGUUCAAGUUAAUAAUUAUGCACCAGAGUUUACUCAAUAUACUUAUGAAGUUAGUAUUAAUUCUCUCGAAAAUGACGAUAUAACAUUAUUUAGACCGGAAGUGAUAGAUAAAGAUCGAAUCGACACUUGCGGUGAUAAUAAUGAACAAAACUGUCCCUGCGCAGACCUUUUCUUUUCAAUAAAAAACGAAAACGAUGGACUCUUUACUAUCAAUCCAGAAGAUGGAAGUAUAUCACUAAGUAAGGGUUCAACAUUACAAAAUGGACAAGACUAUAGACUUGACCUGUCUGUGCGAAAUGUGUUGGAUAGAGGAGAUACUAAAACAGGAAAGGCUAUUGUUAUAUUAAGGACGAACAAAGAUUGGUGGGCUGACCCAAUAAAUAGUCUCGGAGAACCAAGAAACAAUGGUUAUUCCCAUCACAUUGUUAAGAGAGCUACGACUGCAGCACCACAGAAUGUUACCUUUGUAUUGGCUAAGGUGUCACCCUAUGAUACGACGACAGACUUAUAUAUCGGAAGUCGGGUCAAAUUUCGACUAGACAUUUCCUUUCCGGUAGCGCCAACAGACAUGUUGGUUGAGCUGUUUACCCCUGACAAUGACACCACAGUGAUGAUUUUAUGUGACAUAGUGGUAACGAAGGGCAGCGGACUCUCUAUUACUGGUUCAACGGAUGUUACCAUGGAGUCAAAAACCCCGGGCUCAGUACUGCAUGAUAGGGCAAUAAUAAACCUUGGAACUGUAACAGUCAACAACUGUGAUAACGCUGCUGAAUGCACAUUAGUUAUUACGUAUGAAGCUGUCAUGGUGGAUGAUACGGUACAGAACGGAAGUAUUUACUGGGUCAGCGCAGGCGCAGAAUACAACAAUGCCAAUGAAGUUUGGGUCGGACAGGCGUCAUUUGCCACAAUAACUGAUAUACUGGCUAUAACCGAAACACCGACAUUUAAUUUUACUGGUCCGCCAACUUUUCCUAUUGGAUCAGCAGCCAUGUUUGAAGUUGAAAUGUACUUACCUUAUCCAUCAACGGCAUUGAAAUUUGAUUCAUUUUCACCUUUGAAUGCUUCUUCAGUUGUUAGUAUAUGUUCAGCAAAAGUUAAAAGCAUUGGUGAUAAUUUUAAGUGCGGUCUUGAUGAGUCAGCGAUCAGCAAAACUAUGUAUCAGGAUGGUAACGGACUAGGAAAUAACAUUGGUCAUCUUGACAUCGGUACUAUUAUUAAUAAAGCAUCACGAGACGCAUCUCAAGACACAGUAAACAGCACAAUUGUAGUUGAGUUUGUUGCCCACAUGUACAAAGAUGUUUCAUUUGUCGGACAAGAUUAUUGGAUGGGAGCAGCAUUUGAAAUGGGAUCAACUCAAAUUUGGGCUGCACAGCUCAAAUUUACUGGAGCCGUUGCAAUCGAUCCUUCUGGAAUGAGUGUACCAGGUCUAACUGCAGUCUAUUCACCUGAAGUUAAUGUUGACGAACCAAAGGUUUUUUACCUAGAUAUGCUUGUACCGGAGGGUUCAACUUCUACAUAUACUUUAACUGUCCAGACACCUAUCGACAACAACUUGCCAAAGUUUCAGCUAUGUAAAAUUUCCUUAAAACGAGUUGGUGGUAAUAUGCCUUGUGUCAUCCCAGAUGAUAGCACAGUUUCGUAUGAGUCGACAGUUGCAGCAACUCAUGCCGAUAAAGGGACAUUAAGUCUAGGAAGCAUUUCUGAUUUACCAAUAUCACCCGGAAAUGCAACAGAAAAUACUAUUACAUUCGAAAUUAUAGUGACACCACUUCAACAUACAGCUAUACAACCAAGUUCUCCUCAUGAUGUAACCAUGACAAUCACCUAUGGUUCAGGAGCUACUGUCAGUUAUACAUCUACAUUUACUGUGCAGAGUACAACCGCAGCCGCUGAUAUAUCGAACACAACAGUUCCUUCCUUCAACAUGACGUAUGCAGAUGGUAAAGAGGAAGUUAACGUCGGCGCUGCUACGAAGGUUUACUAUGACAUCACAACAAACAGAGACGUUACCUACCCCCAAAUGAAUAUCGAGGCAAUUAUGCCACUAGGAAAUACGACUGCUAAACUGUCGAUAUGUAGAGCAAGAAUGACAAGUGUUGGUAAAAACUUACCAUGUGUUGCCCCAGAGUGGAUUAACACACUAUUUACCUAUUCAUCCAGAUUUAGUGAUGGCCGAAAUGACAGAGCGAUACUGAACAUCCCAAAAGUUUGCAACAAAGAGGAUGUUAACAAUGCAGAUGAAGAUCUGAUGAGAUUGGAGCUUGAUAUUAAAGUUGAUGAUCACGAAGGUUUAGUAGAUGGAGCAAAAGAAUGGAUUAGUGCUGGAAAUAUGUAUAGCACCACUAAAAUAUGGGUUGGUCAGCUGGCUAUUAUUCUUAAGACACCAGCGACUAUUUCUCCAACUACUGCACCAUACAUUAGCAUGAACAGAAACUCAUCAUUUACAACUGUUCCCAUUGGUAUGCCAAUCAUUUACAGCCUUCUGAUAAAAGUACAUCCAGGUGAAAGUAUAGAUCUGAAAAUCGAUGCAGAGUCAACAACCCCAGGACUUAGUAUUUGUGGCCUUCGCUUAAAAGAAGUUGGAGACAAUUUUCCAUGCGUAAAAACUACCAUAGAACCAACAUACACAGCAUUCAGCAAUAAUGUUGGAAAUACACAGGCCAGUUUGAAUAUGAGCAUUGUCACAAAUACAGGAACAACGACAGUUGCAUCUAAUGAUUACUUUGACAGCAAUGCUUUGAUAUUUGAAGUUAUAGUAAAGUUAUCCAGUGAAACCACAUUAGUGCCCGAUACCACUGUAUUCCCCUUCAAGGUCGAUGUUACAACCAGUACCGGUGGGGUUGCCACAUCUUUAAGUGACAAUGUACAGGCAACUUAUAAUACAUCAGGAUUUGACUCGGCUGUUACCCAGAGUGGUAGUUUUGCCUUUUCCGUUGGUGAAAUAUCCGGAAAUGAUACGGACGAUUCAGUGGCAAAGGGAGAAGGGAAACGAUUUAUUGUCGAUCUUACUCUGCCUGAAACUAAUACACAAAAGAUAACUGUCAGUUUCAUCACUCCUGUGCAGAUUUCAGGCCAGAUUGAAAUCUGUGACGCUGCAGUCAUUGCUGUUGGUUCCCACUUUCCCUGUAUAGAUAAAACAAGGCUGUUCCCGACAUUUCAGAGCAGAACUGGGUCGUUGUACAAUGACAUUGUUACAAUAGAUCUAGGCUAUGUUUGUAGUUCUGCAGUUAAUGUUGGAGUGGACAGUCACAAUAAGAUUCAGAUUGAAGCAGUUGCGCGAGUUUUGCCUGACGCUUUAUUGAAUGACGGAGAUGUAGUUUUUUUCCAUGUGACUGUCAACACAAACGAUGCACUGAUAUAUGUUGCUCAAAUGAAUCUCACGAUCACAGAUACUUUCGUAGAAAAACAGUCGCCAACAUUGUUUAACAAUGAUACGAUAUUAAUGAUUAACACAACAUCGCCGACAACAAUGACGGUAGGAGAAGUGGUAACAUUUCCGUUAGUGAUGAAUAUCCCGGCAAUGUCAGUUUCCAAUGUAAUCGUAGAUGUUAGUUUACCAAUCAAUGGCACAGCAGUUGCAAUUGUUAAAGACAUAAGGCUUAUUUCUGCUGGGAAGAAUAUAAAGUGUUUGUACGAGAAUACAACGAAGAAUGUUGCAUUCCACCCUGUUUACAAUUCUUCAUUAGAUAAUUGUCAAAAUGACAAAGGAUAUAUUGAUUUCGGCAUUGUUACAAAUGCAGGUUUGUCAUACAGGAGAGAAAACGCAGAAUCCAAUGACAACGCUGUGAAUGUCGAGGUUGAUAUCAUACUUAGUGACAAUGAAAUCACUGACAAUGGAGCAGGAUUGAAAUUUAGUUUUGGUGCCAAACUUGGAAGCUAUAUUUUUAUAGUUGAUCAUGACAUUACAGUGUCACGAACAGGGUUAGAAUAUCCAAUUCUUAAAGUGGACGCAGUUGUGAAUGAAACGUUGUCAUCUAGCACAAAUAUUGUUGUGGAAGCUACCUUACAACACGAUGAGAACUCCACUGCGUUAGCUACUAAUGCUAGUGUCUUGUUUUACAUUCCUCCAUAUAUGGUACACACCAAUGUAGUGGUCAAUACAUCGACAUACACAACAAAUUACGAAAAUGGAAUUGUUAUAAUUGAGUUUGACAACGUGUUAUUAUGUGACGUCAUCAGUAUAAGUCUUACGUUAGCAUCAAAUACAUCUAUGACGGUACCUGAAGAUGUGACAACUGAUAGGACUGUUGUAUCAUACCAAGCCGGUACAUACAUGUUUCCUAGAGCAGGAAGUUCAUUUACAGCAGACGAUUUCUUUACAACAGAAUUACAACAAGUCAACUUUACUAUAAGUGUUAUUAGAGCUGAUGUAUGUGAUGGCUCCCUUGGAAUGGAGGACGGAAGAAUAGACGAUUGUCAGAUAUUGUCGUCGGUAGAAGAUGAUCCUGCUAGACCAUCUUUCCAUGGCAGAGUAAAUGGAACAUCUGCAUGGAGCCCAUUUAAAAGAGGGAAACUGUUCGACAACUUAAGAUUUUUUCAAGUAUACUUCGGAAAUAAAACAAAAGUUACAAAGAUCCUUGUGCAACAUAAAAGUGGGUUUACACACUAUCCUACUAAACUGACACUAACUUACAGUGAUGAUGGAUUCGCCUGGCAAAAUGGAGAAAUUGUGUCUAUUGUCGUGCCAUUUAGUGAGACUAUAGUUUAUCCAACACGUUUGGUAGACGCUGUAUAUAUACGAAUAUAUAUAACCGAGGACAAUUCAAAUGGAGUCGCACCUGAUUUAGCUGUUAAAUUUGGUUUGUUUGGUUGUCACGUUACUUCCGACGCUCCAACAGAUAUAUGUUCUAUGGCUCCAAAACGAAGCCAUCCUACAGAUUUUUAUGAAAGAAGCUUUGGUGUAGGAAAUGGCAAAGUCAUUGUAUGUGAUGUUAAUCCAAAAGUGAAGAAUUCACCGUCAAUGUGUCAUUCCUCUACAACGGGAUCAGAAUGGACACGAUUAAGCAGCAUACUUGCAAGUGUAAUUGGAUAUGAUUCGGAAGACAACAAAUGGUUUGGGUAUGGUAUCGAUAAAUCAACAACUGUAGUGAGUCUUGAUGGUGGUCAAACAUGGCAAUCUGCAUCACGUGAAACAUAUCUUACCUCCAGAGACAAAACAUCAUUCCAGUUUACUAAACGUGUGCCAUGGUUAACUACAAAUUUAGAUAACCCAUCAACACCUCAUUCCGACUAUCAAAUCUCAGGUUGGGGAGCCACAUAUAAUGGUAUGAUGCAAGGUUCUUCUGGGAGUUGGACAGGAAAACUUGAAUGGGAGCAAUGUUGUGUAUAGAUAACUAGAAUCAACUAUAUCAAUUCAGGAAAAAAAACUUUUGUGUGAUAGAUAACGAUACUGCUGAAAUGUUUAAGAAAUGUAUAAUAAUUUCCUUGUUAGGCGAGUCCCCGUCGUUAUUGGCAAUUUAAGUAUUUUCAAUAAUAGGAUAUACAUAUGGAUAUGGCAGCUGGUAGCUUUUAGGUAAUUUGCAGUUACCUUAAAAAGUUUUAAAAGUAAACAAUGCAUUGUAGUACUAAACGGGGCGAAACACGAAAACGAGAUCAAAUACUUUUAGAUAACAUUAAUCUACUGUUGAUGACAGAUUUAAAUAUUAAAAGGAAAAUCAUUAAUUGUUAGUUUAUAAAUAGAUUUGAUUUAAUUGGUCACUUCAUAUAUAUCAUCAAAACAUUAUACACAUUUAUGCAAAUUAACUAUCAUUUCAUCAAUUAAGUAAAUGUAACCUUAAAAAUAUUUGCGCCCAAUUUCUAUCAGAAGGAGAAAACGAAUGCAUUCUCCUGUAACGCAUUUACGAUAACUAAUACUAUUGUUUAUCUCUUUUAAAAACGUUUAUGACAAAUUCUUAAAAUAAUUUACAGUAUUCUUACAACGAUUCAUUUUAAUGAAUCAGCAUUUGUUAUGAUUUUAUUUUCUUUCUUUAGUUUUUUUUUAAUUCUCUAAUGUAGAUCACAAAUUAAUAAUUUAUGUUCCCAUAUAGCAUCUAAUUAUUUCGGUAUAUUUGAUGGUACAUGACGGAAAAGGAUGCAGUUUUUACCGACGGUGUAGCACAAACGUUCAUUAAAAUUGAACGUCGCCCAAAUUGUAAGUGCUAAUAACGUUACGUUUGUAUAUUAAAUAACCCUUUUAAUUGAUUUGAGAAUAUCAGAUGAAAAGAUAUGGUGACCGUCCGGGGUUUUUUCUCGGCUAAAAUACAGAAUAACAAGAUGUUAUGUAGAUUCCUUCAGAAAAUACACUAUUUGAAAGUUACCACCCCUUAUAAUACCAAUUUAAAAACAUUAGAAGAAAAAUAAUUUACGCUUAUAAAGAAAUCAUUAUUUAUAAGUUUAAAUCUUAUAAAUUGGUUCUUUUAAAUGAAAAGUUAAAUUUAUAGUUAACUGCAUCCGCAUCAAAUUUGGCUAAUUUGUUAUGUUUAAUCUAAGAUGGCGAAAGACACAAAUACCACCUUAAAGAUAACCCAUACAAACGACGCUAAUCGAAUGAAAUUAUAAAAUACAACCUCGUUAUAUUUUAAAUUUAUUCGUGUUCACUUCAAAUGCGAUGGUAUCAUUAUUUGAAAUGAUAUUGGAUGCAAUAAUCAAAGUCAAAUGUCGUCAAAUUGUUUUUAUUGCUACGAUUACGUUAAAUUAAUCGAAUUCUAUAUUACUACCCGUUAUGACUACAAAGUUGUUUUUAUUCAUCUGCUUCGUGUGAAUAUUGGUUCUUCUCAAAUAUCAAAUAUCAAUUAUUAUCAAUUUCAUCAUUCAAAACAAAAAGAUAUAAAAUAAUUUGCAUAGUGCUCUGUGUCUCUUUUUGUAGUAAGGAAAGAGGUGAAUUUUUGACAUUUAAUGAAUAUAUGCUAAAGAAAACAGUCAUUGUUCAAAGAAAUUGUUUUACAUGAAAAUUAUGCAAUUGUAUGAUCAAAAUAUCUGGGUAAUAUUAAAUACAUUGCGUCACAUUAUUCUUUAUUUACUCUCCAAGCAAAAGUAUCUAUAAUCAAAUUUCCAUAUGAAAGGACGUUCUAAAUAAUUCACGACAUUUUGUCAAUUGAUAACGGUUUUAUCCGCCAUACUUUUGUGUAAUAUCAGUUUAAAGAUAUUAAGUAAAAAAAGAGAAAACACCCCGUCAGUUAAACAGGCUUUCUAACAAACUAACAAAGUUUAAAAGGGCAAAUGAGACCCCAAAAAAACUAAAGGAUCUAGAAUGCUAAGCAGAACCUGAUCCACAUGUUGCAACCUUCAGUUUUUCAUUUUAAGUACAAAACAUGUGAUAAAGUACUGUCCAAGGAGAUGAGGAAAAUCUUAUGGUUACGUCAAUUGAACAUAUCCUUGGCAUCUGAGACACAGAUAUUUCAUAACGGUUAUCAAACUCGUGACGGCGCUAGUACAAUUUUAAAGUGAAUAACUCCAACUUUUAAAAGUUUUAUUUUAGUCCGCGUCCACAAGUAAUAAAAUAUGGGGUUGAAAAGUCAUAUUUUUAACAUGUAUAUCUAUCAUGUCUAUCCCGUGCCAUUUUUAUUUCAUGUAUGAACCUUUCUGUGUGAAACCUUGUUUUUUUAUAAAUUGAAUAGCUAAAGCCUGUGAUGUAAAUAUUACACUUUGAAACCAGAAUCAUUACAAUAUUACUGUUAAUAGCAUUUGUUGAAUAAAAAGAAUUUUCUGUUUUA